GUUAAGACUAUUUUUGGAAUUGUAAUGAAUUGUUGAAAUUCGUACUGGAAAAUUGGCUAUGGACUUGAAGCUUAUAGCAGCAGGAUUACGUCAUUAUGGGAAAAUACAAGCUUUUAAGCGUGGAGAAUCAAUUCAAGCUCAUAUAAUCAAACAAGGGAUCUCUCAAAAUGUGUUUCUUGCGAAUAACGUGAUCUCAAUGUAUGUUGAUUUUAGGUUGUUGAGUGAUGCACAUAAAGUGUUCGAUGAAAUGACUGAGAGAAAUAUUGUCACUUGGACUACGAUGGUUUCUGGGUAUACUUGUGAUGGAAAACCCAGUAAGGCUAUUGAGUUAUACAGAAGAAUGUUGGAAUCGGAAGAAGAAGCGGCUAACGAGUUUAUGUAUUCUGCGGUUUUGAAAGCUUGUGGGUUAGUGGGUGAUAUUCAGUUGGGGAGUUUGGUUUAUGAAAGGAUUUGUAAAGAGAAUUUGAAAGGUGAUGUUGUUUUGAUGAAUAGUGUUGUAGAUAUGUAUGUUAAGAAUGGGAGACUUAGUGAAGCUAAGAACAGUUUUUCAGAGAUUCCACGGCCUAAUUUAACUUCGUGGAACACUCUUAUUUCUGGUUAUUGUAAAGCAGGUAUGGUUGAGGAGGCGGUUAGUUUGUUUCAUCGAAUUCCGCAGCCAAAUAUUGUGUCUUGGAACUGUUUGAUCUCGGGAUUUGUCGAUAAGGGUAGUCCUCGUGCGUUGGAGUUUCUAGUUAGGAUGCAGAGAGAAGGACUUGUGUUAGACGGUUUUGCUUUACCGUGUGGCCUUAAAGCUUGCAGUUUUGGUGCCUUAUUAACAAUGGGUAAACAGCUGCAUUCCUGUGUCGUAAAGUCGGGUCUGGAGUCUAGCCCGUUCGCACUCUCUGCUCUUAUUGAUAUGUACUCGAACUGUGGUUCUCUAAGAGAUGCAGCUGAUAUUUUUCAUCUGGAAAAACGGGUCCUCUGUUAUAGCGUCGCUGUUUGGAAUUCAAUGCUCUCUGGGUUUCUGAUUAACGAAGAGAAUGAAGCGGCAUUAGGGCUGCUUUUGCUGAUGUAUCAGUCAGAUUUGUGUUUUGAUUCCUACACUCUAAGCGCUGCCUUAAAGAUAUGUAUCAACUUAGUCAACCUAAGACUCGGGCUUCAGGUACAUAGUUUAGUUGUAGUCAGUGGUUAUGAGUUGGAUUACAUUGUAGGAAGCAUUCUUGUUGAUCUACACGCAAACGUUGGGAAUAUACAAGAAGCACAUAAGCUGUUUCAUAGGCUUCCAAAUAAAGAUAUCAUCGCUUUCUCUGGCUUGAUAAGAGGCUGUGUGAAAUCAGGGUUCAAUUCUUUAGCAUUUUAUCUGUUCAGGGAAUUAAUCAAGUUGGGACUCAAUGCCGACCAGUUCAUCGUCUCAAGUAUUCUCAAAGUCUGUUCGAGUUUAGCGUCUCUUAGAUGUGGUAAGCAAAUUCAUGGGUUGUGUGUAAAGAAAGGUUAUGAAUCAGAACCUGUCACAGCGACAGCACUAGUAGAUAUGUAUGUAAAAUGUGGUGAGAUAGACAAUGGUGUAGUGUUGUUUGAUGGUAUGUUGGAAAGAGAUGUUGUCUCUUGGACGGGGAUAAUUGUUGGAUUCGGACAAAACGGACGAGUCGAAGAAGCGUUUCUAUAUUUCCACAAGAUGAUCAAUUCUGGAGUUGAACCAAAUGAGGUAACUUUUUUGGGUCUUCUUUCUGCUUGCCGACAUUCUGGACUGCUUGAAGAAGCAAGAUCAAUCCUCGAAACGAUGAAAUCUGAAUAUGGUCUUGAACCGUAUCUAGAGCAUUAUUAUUGCGUAGUUGAUCUUCUUGGUCAAGCUGGGCGGUUCCAAGAGGCAGAAGAUUUGAUAAACAAAAUGCCUUUGGAACCCGAUAAAACAAUAUGGAUGUCUCUGCUCACUGCUUGCGGAACUCACAAGAAUGCGGGACUGAUUACUGUAAUUGCUGAGAAAUUGCUCAAGGCUUUUCCGGAAGAUCCAUCGGUUUAUACAUCUCUUUCCAAUGCUUAUGCUACGUUGGGCAUGUGGGAUCAGUUAAGUGAAGUGAGAGAAGCCGCUAAGAAGUUAGGGGCAAAACAAUCUGGAAUGAGCUGGAUCGAGUUUGCCUGAAGCAAUAUGUAAAUAGUUGGAGGCUCUAAUUUGGAGCAACUAGUAGCAUCAUCUAAUGUACAAGCUUCAUCUUCGUCUUUGCUGCUUAUCUCUAGCCAUUUUCUCAUCUUGGCGAGUUUUAUCCACAGAAUCUGUAAAAGCACUGCAAAGACCUGAAUAUGCAUUAUCACCAUUGGUAGAAGGGUAUAGACUUCUUAGUAAAGGAUGAGAGAUUUG